GCAGAAGGAGGAGGAGGGGGCCGAGUCUGAGUCCUUACUGGGACGUCCCACUGGAGAUGUGCUGCGUGUGAAGUGGAGAAGCUGUCAGAUCGUCUCGGGCCGUGAACACAGCUGACUUCUCUCUGGGUGUCUCUGCUCUGAAAGGCUGAAGACUUUGAAGAUGAGGGUGUGGAUCGUCUUCCUCCUGUGCCUGGCCGGCCACGCCAUGGCAGCUCCUACUGAGGAGGAGGCCAUUGUGGAGGAUCCCAUCGUGGAGGAGCCUGUGGUGGAGGAGGAGCUGGUGGCUGAGGAGACCUUUGAGGAGGAGCCAGUUGUUGAGGAGCCUGAGGUGGGGGCCAACCCGGUGCAGGUGGAGAUCGGAGAGUUUGACGAAGCCAUCGAGGUCGUUGAGGAUGUUGUUGCCGAGAAUCCCUGCCUGAACCACCACUGCAAGAAGGGCAAAGUGUGCGAGGUGGACGACAGCAACACCCCCAUGUGUGUGUGCCAGGACCCCACCACCUGCCCCGCCGCCGACGGCGAGUUCGAGCACGUCUGCGGCACAGACAACAAGACCUACGACACCUCCUGCCACUUCUUUGCCACCAAGUGCACCUUGGAGGGAACCAAGAAGGGACACAAGCUGCACCUGGACUACAUCGGACCCUGCAAAUACAUCGAGCCCUGCAUGGACAGCGAGCUGAACGAGUUCCCUCUGCGCAUGAGGGACUGGCUGAAGAACGUCCUGGUCACCCUGUACGAGCGCGACGAGGAGAACAACCUGCUGACCGAGAAGCAGAAGCUCAGGGUGAAGAAGAUCUACGAGAACGAGAAGAGGCUGCAGGCUGGGGAACACUCUCUGGACCUGCUGGCUCACGACUUCCAGAAGAACUACAACAUGUACAUCUUCCCCGUGCACUGGCAGUUCGGCCAGCUGGACCAGCACCCCGUGGACGGAUAUCUGACCCACACUGAGCUGGCCCCCCUGCGUGCCCCCCUCAUCCCCAUGGAGCACUGCACCACCCGCUUCUUCGAGGAGUGCGACUCCGACAGCGAUAAGUACAUCGCUCUGGAGGAGUGGGCCGCCUGUUUCGGCAUCAAAGAGCAGGACAUUGACAAAGACCUGGUGGUCUGAGCGGCUGCGGUCGGACCCCUGCCGGGACUCGCUGCUGCCCCCCACAGUUAAAAACAGAGAAUUACAGUAAAUUGGUGCUAAAGGCUAAUUAUUUUUGUUUGUUUGUUUUUUUUUAAUUAAGACCUUUGCUUCUUAUACCACUAUGAAAGGAUUCCAACCGAGACGUGCACAGUCUGUACUAACAAGAUGGAGUAAAGAAACGCCGCGCGCUCUGAUGUAAAUGUUUUCUGGGUUCUGAUUGGCCAACCAUCUAAGGAGACACAAAGUGUAAAGUGAAAAAAUAAAGUGUGGAAAUAAACGCUCCCUCUGCUUGCUUCCUGCCCGUCAAACCUUUAGUCUUUGCGCUCCUUCAGUGGUGUGUGUAUGUAAGUAUGUGUGUGGGUGUCUGUUCUUAAUACAAGCAAACGGGUAGAAAGCAGAAAUGUUGGGACGUCGAAACGUUUUGGGGAAAAUCUCGCAGGCUGAGAGUUUGUUACCAUGUUUCUACUGAGAGAUCGACUCGUCUGUCUCCUGAAUAAAAGACUCUGAAAAGAA